AUGUAUGAUCCCGAACUUUACCAUCAAUGCAACGAUAUUCCGAAAAGAGACGCACUUUUAUGUUUGGAAAAACACGCACCGGCACUAAAAUGGAAAAUGAACAAUAAUAGAAUCAUAGACUUAGGAUGCGGAGAUGGCAGCGUAACCAACAUUCUCAAGAACUUCCUUCCCACUGACUACAAGUUGCUCGGAUGUGAUAUAAGCAAGAACAUGGUCUUGUUCGCUUCUAAAUAUAACAGCAACGAGCAGACGUCGUUCACCGUACUGGACAUUGCAGGUGACCUGCCAGAAGACAUGAAAGGAAAUUUUGACUAUGUAUUCUCAUUUUACGCUCUCAACUGGAUCGCAGAUCAGAAGCAAGCUUUCGAAAAUGUUUUCAAUUUAAUGGACCGGGGCGGCGAAUGUUUCAUGACUUUAGCAGGAUAUUUUCCAUUUUACGAAGUCUAUCGCACUCUAUCAAGAAGUAAGAAAUGGAGCACUUGGAUGCCAGAUGUUGAAAAACAUAUUUCGCCGUACCACGAUUCCAAGGCACCAGACAUAAAAAUUAUGAAACUAAUGAAAAACAUUGGAUUUGUAAACGUCAAUGUGGACUGUAAAGAUAUGGUCUUUGUGUACGAUAAUGAAGAAAUCAUGAGGAAACACACGGCAGCAGUCAAUCCGUUCAAAAUUCCUAAGAAUAUGAGUGAUGAUUUCAUAAAUGACUAUAUUGAAGCAUUGAAAGACAUCGAACAAAGCUACAACGUAACACAUGAACGAAACGCUAACAAUUCCUCUAAAGAUGUUACUCUGCAUUACAAAUUACUGAUAGUAUACGGCCGCAAACCUUCUGAAUAA